AUGUCAGAGACCUCCACACCCCAAGAACCCACCGGAUCACAGCUCAAUCGAUCCUGUGAAUCGUGUCGAAGCCUGAAGGUUCGCUGUCUCCCCAAUCCGUCGACGCCAAAUCAAUGCCAGCGAUGUGCCAAGGGAAAGAGAUCCUGCGUCUUCGUGGCUCCGCAGCGCCGGCGGCCACGAAAGAGGACCGACUCGCGAGUCGCCCAGUUGGAAAAAGAGAUGCGGGUCAUGCGCUCGCUGCUGAAAAAUCGAAUCCCGGAAGAAGACGAGGAAUCGGAGGAGAGCGAUGACGACAAUGACGAGUUGAAAAGCAGCGGCAGGGAUCAAUCUGCCAACUCCGAUGAUCUUCGCUAUAUGGAUUAUUCCCCCGAGCUGUUGACCCACGGGGUAUCGGUGCCGGAGUUUGCGUUUCCCGCGGGCGUCGAAGAGGAAAGACAGCCUGUCGAAGAUGUGAUCGAUCGGGGGAUUCUGUCCAUCGAAGACGCAGAGCAACUAGUGGCCUACUACGUCCAUGAGCUCGCCUCGUUCAUCCCAUUGGUGGUUCUUCCCCACACCACCACGGCAGCCAGUCUACGGGCAACGAAGCCCGUCCUCUUUCUCUCCGUGAUAGCCGCGACGGCGAUCUCCGUCGAUGCAGGACUGGCCGCCGUCCUGAACCGUGAAAUGGUACGACUCUAUUCCGAACGAUUUUUCAUCGAGGGCGAAAAGUCUCUGGAAUUGGUCCAAGCCCUGUUGCUCAUGAUCAUCUUUUACUUUCCGCCCGCUUCACCUCUCAAGCUGCAAUUCUACCAAUACACGCACAUUGCCUCGACGAUGGCGCUGGAGAUCGGACUCGCAAACAAACGCCGUGUGAAGUCCAAUCGCAGGGCUGCUCAUGACGAAACACUGGCAGAACAGGCGCGGGCUGUCCUCGGUUGCUAUCAUCUUGGCUCGACGGUUGCGAUGAAGACUCGUCGUCCGAAUCUCCUUCAGUUCAACGACUGGAUGGUCGAGUGCGUCAGACAUUUGGAGCGCUCACCGCACCGAACAGAUCAGCAUUUAGCCCUCUGGUUCGAGCUCCAACGUAUAACCGACGAAGCGAUGUCUUCUUUCGGUCUGGAUGACACGAGCACAACAUCACCACUGACGGAGUCUCGUGUUCAAGCCGUGCUGCGUUGGUUUGACAAACGGAUGGAGACAUGGAAGACGAACACGCCUUCAGAGAUGCUCACCGUCCCUCUGAUCCUCGAAUAUCGCUCCACAGCACUCGCCAUGUACGAGCUCGGCGUAGGAGAGGGCUACCGUGACCCAGAUGCUUUGAAGAGACGAUACUUCACGUUGCCCACGCCGGAAGGGCCAGAUGCACAGUCCCCGCUCAGCGCAAUCCGAAUAGACAUCAACAUGAAGUGGAUGAACGCCGCGCAGGAAAUGCUAGACGCUAUUUUGGCCUGCAGCACAGACACCAUGCGCAAGUUGCCCAAUUUGAUGUACACGCGACUAGCGAUGGCGAUGACAUCACUGCUGAAGAUCCAUUUCUCUGUGCGAACCGGGGCUCUCGGCGAAGUCGUCACGCCAGAGACUGUGAAUGUGCACUUUUAUCUCGAUGCCACUGCCAACAAACUGGCCGAGGCGAGCGGGGGCGGGAAGUACAAGAUUCCUAGUCGGUGGUAUCAAGUCAUCGGGGUUCGGGGGAGAGAUUGGUACGAGCGUCUUGAAAGGCAGGGCGAAGGGACGGUAGAUUCGAUGGCGGCACCAAGUAGCCAAGGCCAGAAUCACAGCCAGGUUCCCGGCCAGGGCCAGAGUCAGGACACACUUAACGUCCAACCCAUGAACACCUUCCCUGUGCCGGUGCCGAUGGUUGACCCGCGGGAUGGGUACGUAGCGAUGGGCGGCACGGGGAUGUGGCCGCCAAUGGAUGCACAAGGCCACACCCAUAACUCACAAUUCUUCAUGGGGUAUCAGCAUUCACCCCAUGGAGCACCGUCACAGCCGAUGCCCCCUCAGUUUGCGUAUGAGCCCCAGCGGAUGCCCGCGCCUGGAACGGGCAUGGAGUUGGAUGGCUGGCUUCCUGAUGGGAGUAUCUUUGGGAUGCCACCUUUGCCCGAGUUCUAG